AUGGCCAUACUUUUGAUCCUUCUAGAUGGACUUGAUGAAAUUACUGAAGUUGGACAAAAAAAAGAAAUUGUCGACCUUGUUAGGAAAUUUAUUGAUGAAUAUGUGCGUGGACCUGAUUUCAUCUCAGCAUUCGAUGACAGAAUGUUUCACGGAACAUCAUUAGAUUAUUGUUAUCAUACAAUUAUUGAAACACAGCCACCGAAUAUACCUGGUGGUAAUCAGAUAAUUAUUACGAGUCGUAUUAUCGGUUAUCAACUGCAUCCACUUAUUGAUGAAUUUGAUAUAAAACAAUUACGCUAUUUAGUCUUAAAACAACAAGAUCUAUCAUAUAAUCAUAAAAUAUUAGAUGAAUACAUUCAUAAAUUGAUAUCUUUACUUGACUUUAACAUUGGUAUUUUUGCUGAACGAGGUUUACAAAUAUAUGGAUUUCUUCAUUUAUCAUUUCAAGAUUAUUUUGUUGCACGUUCCCUUAUAAAAGGUUCACCUGAUGAGGUUGCAAAACGUAUUCUUACAAUUACUAUUCAUCUUCGUUUUCAUGAAUCACUUCUUCUUGCUAUUGGUUGGAUUAGUUGGAAAUGGUCAUUUGAUGAUUAUGACGUGUUUUGUAAUUUACUUCUUUUUUUAUGCUUUCAAUGA